AUGCUGUUUUCAGUGCUUCUCAUCCACUGCUCGCGUAUUUGUGGAUCGAAAUACGAAAGUCAUUUGCCAGGGUCUGACCGGCAAUCAGGUGAUUUUGGGACCUUUCACAGUGAACAGGCACUGAACUAUGGCACGCAACUUGUAGGUGGAGUGAAUCCAGCGAAGGGAGGCACUACAUGGACGAGCUCAGAUGGGCGGUACAAACUACCAGUCUUCAAGUCCGUCAGGGAGGCCAAGGACGCCACGGGCUGCCACGCCUCGGCGAUCUUCGUACCUGCUCCCCACGCGGCUGCUGCCAUCCUGGAGUGCGUGGAAGCAGAGCUGGACUUAGUAGUUUGCAUUACUGAAGGCAUUCCUCAACACGACAUGGCGGUGGUCAAGAAGCGUCUUCGUCAACAAACAAAGACCCGCCUUAUCGGCCCAAACUGUCCUGGAAUUAUCAAGCCGGAAGAGUGCAAGAUCGGCAUCAUGCCUGGCUACAUUCACAAGAAGGGAUGCAUUGGCGUCGUCAGCAGAAGCGGAACUCUGACAUACGAGGCAGUCAACCAGACCAGCCAAGUUGGUUUAGGCCAGUCGGUCUGUGUAGGGAUCGGCGGUAUUGUACUCAUAGGCGAAAUAGGCGGUUCCGCAGAAGAGGAAGCAGCGGAGUGGCUCAAAAAGCACAACUGCGGAAAACCGGUGGUUUCGUUCAUCGCGGGGAGCAGCGCGCCACCGGGGCGACGCAUGGGCCAUGCGGGCGCUAUCGUCAGCGGGAACACCGGAACUGCAUCGGGGAAGGUGAAGGCUCUACAGGCAGCGGGAGUAGUGGUGGUGAACAACCCGGCGCGCAUUGGAGAGGCCAUGUAUGCGGCAAUGAAAGACAAGGGGCUCGUUUGA